AUGUCCAUCAGUCGCAUCACCCCAUCACUCAUAGCUGCGAGCAACGAAAACACCGUAGCGUUAGUAAAUGUAAACGCCGAUUUCUCCCUUAUCAAGCUCGAAGCUCCGAAUGAGUUCAAGGAUCUCGGACGAUCGCUGACCCACCACCGUCGAGAGCUGGCGGAAGAAGGAGCCGUGCACAGGACAGCUCGUCGACUGGGUGCUCUAUUCGAAAGCAUUGCGCCCCUCUCUCCACUUGUGAUCAAGGCCUAUGGUGCAAGAGUCUCGGAGAUAUCACGAAGUCACACCAAUGAGAAUUCUGCCCCUCGCCAUGGGGUUUUUGCCGACUGUAUUGGCAUGGAUGGAACUUCGGUUUGGGCUGCAGCUACUUCAGGAAAGUCAGCUAUAACAGUCCAUCUGCUUGCUUGCAUGCUAGCACGAGCCUGGUCAGGAUCACAAGCUACGUCCAUAUGGGUAGAAAUUGUUGAAUCACGGCGUCAAGAAUUGAAGAAGCAAAUACACGAGGGCAUAUACAACGAUUACACCCAAGUUGGACUAGCAGUGUCAGCCGAUCUGACACGGACUGACCUUGCUCAAUGGGAUGCGUCAGCUCGAUCAUGGCUCCAGGUCGCCGACGAUGAACUUAUUCGCCGUCAAAAGCAAUUGAUGCUUAUCAUCAACAACAUCAACAUGCCCGUCAAUCAUGGCACGUCAAACUUUAGUACCUACGCAAGAGUAGUGGAGGCUUGGAAGACAGCAGUAGAGGCUCUAGAAAAGCUUCUCCAAGGUCAGCCACAGAGACUAUCCAAAGGAUCCGUAUUGCUUGGUCUCGCAUCUUGGCAUUUGUACCCAGAUCUACUCAUCCUUGGUGAGAGCGUCACCGCGGUAGACUUUAAAGAUCCCAUUAUUGCGGACUGCGCACAACUCACCAUAGGGUUAUGGAAUCCUGAUAUUGACAAGGACGAAGGUGUUUACUGGUCACUAUCCCUCUCUCAUCUACGCUUUUACGGCGAUCCCGUCAAGGUGACGAGCAUUACUACACGCGAUGCAUCCCGGCUGGAUAUCGAAGAGCUUCACUUGCUCACCAUGGGCGCCUUUCUCGCAGAUUGGGGUAAUAUCCGAGCUUCGGACUUCACUCAAGCGGCUCACUUUUUCGUUGCUCUUGAUAAUGCUGUGUGCAAUGACAAGGGUUCUCCUCUCAAUAUCGAUUUGGAUUGGAGCUGGAUACACCUGUUUGGUGACGCUUCAAGAAAAUUCUUGGCACUUCCAGACACAGAGAGAACAGCCGCGUCUACUUUCAUUGCUCUUGGACACAGGCGUGGCCAUAGCCUUCUCAGUAGAGACACAGCACAGAUCCCACCAAUAAUGGGUCUUUGCCAUCCAUGGAUACAACAAAUUCUUCGCGCCGAUAUGGGAGAUAUACCAUAUUUUGCCCAUGGAGCCCCGGGAAAAGAUAUGGCAGUUGAGAUGAUGCGACCGAAAUCGCAGUUAUUACGUGGCGAGAUCUCCGUUUCGCGCCCAUAUGGCAUUGUGAGCAGACCACAUGCAACUCACCAGAGCCACGCACUAUGUAGCUGCUUCUAUAGCAAGUAUGACCAGAAGGGACCAAACUUUGUGUUGAUCGCCGGGUCUGUGGAUCACGUCGCACUGCUCGUUCGUACCGAUUCCGGGGUCCGGGCAAGGAAGACCAGACUCAAAUCAGCGCAGCGGCGAGCACAGACUGAGCCACUACAUACAGUGGAGCAGGUGACCCAAGCUAUAAGAGCUGGCCAACUUCCUGCAAAGUCGCUAGCCACAUACUUCAUCUCUCUUCGACAUGGCAACCAGAUUGCUGUACCCACGCUCCAUAAGGGACUCGUGGUCAAGACGUUCACGGUUGAACCUUACUUGCGGUCACUACGCGCACUUUCUCUAGCCACAGAAACAUUCAAAGACCUCCCUGGAUCCACAAUCAGCCUAGGCAUUAUAUCCACACCACUUCACGAUGCGCUAUGGCUCCCACCUACAGGCGUGCAGCGCCUCAAUCGGCAACAAAAAUUCUCAUGUAUAGCAAUGUUUGAAUCAGGCUCAUACAAUAUUGAACCAACGGCGCUUGACGAUGUCAUAGCCAUCUCCUCACGGAACAGCAUAUUCACAUCAAAGCUGCUUCAUCACGAUCCAAGCUCCAUUGAACACAAAGACGAUAUUACUCGAGUCAUCGGAAACGUGGGAAAGACUGGCAUGGUAUUGAUGGUCGCACCUCAAGCGCCGCGUCUGCGUAAGAUCGACCUGAAUAAUUUUCGUCUUGUUUCUCACGCGCCAUUCGACGGGAAAUCAGAAGACUCUUUCAGGUCAACAUCCUUGCAUUUGAGGUUUACUGAAUUCGAGAUGGCGUUCGAUGUUGGCCAGCGAGGCGCGAUCGACAAAGACCUCUGCCUCGUUGAGACCUUGAUACAAGUUUACGACAGAGAUGAAUGGAUCGCGGACAUAGACGUUUUGCCGUUAUUCAACGAAGGCAAUGAUGCCAUACGUCGCAAUGAUAUCACCUGCACAGGCUGCUCACUCGCAUCGCAAACUACGGACAUCCCCAGUUGGCUUGUGUCCGUUGACAACUGGGAGGAACUCCUAGAUGCUCCUAAGGGCUUGGGUAAACUCAACGUUGCUGUUUUCAGAGCACACGACAACUGGAUUGCACGCUUAGCUGCUGCAUGCAUAAGUCUGCAAAGAGGGUUUCGAAUCGUCAUCAAUCCUGUGGACAAGGUGUGUUGGGGUUGUUGUUGCAGAAAGAAAUGGGGAUGGAGUGCGGAAACGUUGAGCCUAUCGCGUUACGCAGCACUUAACCAUUUUGAUUCGGAAGACCUGGAUGACAAUGACUGCGAACAUAGUGAUGAAGGAGACAGUUCAGAUAGCUCUGAGAGCGAUACCUCAGGAUCGCCACGUUCGGAUAGCUCUGAGAGUGACACCUCAGGGUCGCCACAUUCGGAAGCGUUGACUGAAAGAGACACUUCCUUGAGCAACCUGCCAGAUCUUGAAACGGGCUCCAUGGAACUCAGUUCAUAUACAGGACUUGUCCAAAAAGCUUUGAGAAAGAUGGUCACCGACCCCGGUUACGAGUCAGACGACACUGUAUUCAAUGUGGAAGGGGAGACACAACUCCAUCAUAUGCCUCAAGUGUUCAUCCUUUGA